AUGGGGUUAUACCGGUGCUUAUCUACAGUCUCCAACACUCACAUGCUUCCGAAAGUAGUGAUUAUUAUAUUGUUAUUUCAUGUUUCGGUUGCCAUUUCUCUGCGGCAGCCUGCAGAUUGCAAGGAUGAGGAGAGCUCUGCCUUGCUGCAAUUCAAGGAAAGCUUUAUUAUUGACAGAUCUGCUUCUGGUUAUGAUGGUGCUUAUCCAAAGGUUUUGUCGUGGAAACAAAACAACAGCUGCUGUUCAUGGGAUGGUAUCGAGUGUGAUCAGAGUACGGGUUACGUGAUUGGCCUUGAUCUCAGUAGCAGUUGUCUAUAUGGCUCCAUCAACUCCAACAGCACCCUCUUCCGCCUUGUUAAUCUUCAGAGCCUGAACCUUGCCGACAAUAACUUCAACUACUCUGAAAUUCCUACAACCAUUAGGAAUCUCCCAAAGCUCAGGUACCUCAACCUCUCUGCCUCUGUAUUUUCUGGCCAAGUCCCAUCUGAAGUUUCACAGUUGUCCAAGUUGUCAUCCCUUGACUUAUCUCUGAAUCUUGAUGGUGUUUCUAUUGACGGGUUAUUGACCCUUAACCCAUCCUAUCUGGCAAGCCUUGUUCAUAACUUAACUAGACUUGAAAAUCUUUAUCUAGGCUACAUUAACAUAUCAUCGAAAAUUCCUCAAUCCAUGGCGAAUCUGUCAUUUCUGACAUCCCUCUCUCUGAGGAAUUGUCAAUUGUUUGGGGAAUUCCCAGUAAGAAUUUUCCAGUUACAAAACUUGAAACUUCUUAGUGUGAGAAACAACCCAGAUCUUACUGGUUAUCUGCCUGAAUUCAAUCAAAGUAGUCCUCUAUCAUCACUCGUACUUGCUGGAACUAGGUUCUCCGAAAACCUACCUUCUUCAAUCCAAAAGCUUGAUUCUUUGGAAGAGUUGAAUGUGGGUGGAUGCAAUUUUUCAGAAGGGUUGGUUCCCUCUUUUCUUGGUAAGCUUAGACAGCUUACUUAUCUCGACAUUUCAAAAAACAAUUAUGGCGGUCCAAUUCCUGAUUCGUUGGCAAAUCUUACACAAUUGACAGUGUUUAGGAUUGGUACGAGUCACUUGACAGGUCCAAUACCAUCUUGGUUAGGAAACUUCAGCAAACUGAUUUACCUAGACUUUUCUUAUAAUAGAUUGAAUGGUUCAAUUCCGCAGACAUUUUCCAAUCUCAUAAAUCUUGAGAUUCUUUAUCUUCAGUACAAUGACCUGAGUGGUACAGUGGAGUUUCAAAUGUUUGAAAAUCUACAAAAUCUUUACCAACUCCAUCUAAAUGGUAAUAAUCUGCAAUUUCUCACUGAAUCCACAAUUGUGAAUGCAUCUGUUCCCCAAUUUACAAUUCUAGGAUUGAGUUCAUGCAACAUAAGAGAGUUCCCAUCUUUCUUAAGAUAUCAACAGAAUUUGCAGAAGUUGUACCUUGCUGAAAACAAACUCUAUGGUCAAGUACCGAAAUGGAUGUGGAAUAUGAGCAUAGAUACUUUGAUGUACUUGGACAUUGAUCAAAACUUCCUUACAGGCUUUGAGCAACCUCCAGUUGUCCUUCCUUGGGUUAACCUUCGAUUUUUAAAGCUCUCUUCCAACAUGUUCCAUGGACCACUGCCGAUACCUCCACCAUCAAUCUUAGGCUAUGAAAUUCAGGACAAUAAACUGAAAGGAGAAGUUUCACCAGAGAUUUGCAACCUGAGUUCUAUUCAGGCCCUUGAUUUGUCCAACAACAACUUGAGUGGCGUGCUUCCACACUGUAUCGGAAACUUCAGUGACCGUCUAAUACUUUUACUUCUUGCAAAUAACUCCUUCCAAGGGAUUCUUCCACAAACAUACAGUAAGAAAAGCAACUUGAGGAUGAUUGAUGUUAGUUAUAACCAAUUGCAGGGGCAAUUACCGAGGUCGCUGGCUAACUGUGUGAUGCUUGAGACUUUAAUUCUGUCAGACAACAAAUUCCAAGACGUCUUCCCCUCUUGGUUGGUGACUCUUCCAGAGUUAAAAGUGUUGGCAAUGCGCCAUAAUGGUUUCCAUGGAGUGAUCGGAAAGCCUGAAAACAAUAAUGGUUUCCUGAACUUGCGCAUUUUAGAUCUAUCUUUCAAUAAUUUCAGAGGUGAGUUUCUUUCUGAAUACAUCUUCUCUGAGUAUGCCAUGAGAUCGAAUAUCACAGUCAACCAGUCAACUUAUAUGAAGACUAACAUAACCUAUGAUGCUGGUGGUGGUGCUAUUACUUUGGAUUACGGUUACACGAUCACAAUAGCGAAUAAGGGUGCGGACAGAUACUAUUCAAAAAUUCAAGAAGCCUUUGCAGCCAUUGAUGUCUCAAGCAAUAAAUUUGAAGGGAAGAUUGAUGAACUGAUUGGGAAUCUAAAAGGGCUUCGCUCGCUCAAUGUUUCUAAUAACAUUUUCACCGGUGAGAUCCCAUCAUCUUUGGGAAACUUAACACUGCUGGAGGCAUUGGACCUUUCACAGAACAAGCUCUCAGGAGAGAUCCCCCAACAGCUGGCGCAACUGACAUUCCUUUCACAAUUCAAUGCUGCUCUCAACAGGCUCACAGGUCCUAUACCCCAAGGAAACCAAUUUGCUACAUUCAAUAGCACUUCCUAUGAGGGAAACCCUGGAUUAUGUGGAGAUCCGUUGCCAACCAAAUGUGGAAACCCAACGGCCCAUCAACUGCCUCCUCCAACUGUACAAGAUGCUUAUUCUUCCGAGUCCAGAAUUGAAUGGAUAUUUGUUGUGGCAGGACUUGGAAGUGGUUUGGUGCAGGGAAUAAUUCUUGCGGAUCUUAUGAUCAGAAGGAGGUAUGCAUUGUUUCUUAAAAUUGUUGACAUGCUUGUCAGAACAGUGAAAAGGAGAAGGUAGAGUAGGAGAGGUGGAAUUGAAUGCAUCUAUUGUUGGUUAUGAAUCUCUAUUAAAACAGUAUUGUACAUUGAAGUUUUCUAAAAUCAUUCUCUAGCUAUCUAGAUUAGUCUAGAACAUGUUCUGAAGUACUUGAUCAUUAUGUAAUUAUACAUCUAGUGAAGUUCUAGUGUUGUGUAUCAAUGUGUGGUUAAUAAUUAACCACAUAAGC